AUGUCUGACUUCAGCGAAGAGCCACGCUUCACUAUUGAGCAGAUAGAUUUGCUGCAGCGGCUGCGUCGCUCCGGCAUGACCAAACAGGAGAUACUCCACGCGCUCGAAACUCUGGACCGGCUGGACCGGGAGCACGGUGACAAGUUUGGUCGCCGCACCUCAUCCUCCUCCUCUUCCUCUUCGUCCUACAUGGUAGGCGGGACAAACAACUGCACCAACAACUCUGCCUCCAACAACACUGCCUCGGCAACCACCACCUCCUCCGUGACGUGCAACGGCGCCAUCAACAAUGGCGAAGUCGGCGUUGGCGAACACUCCGCAACCACUGCCUCCUCUACGACCUCCAAGAUAUCCACGGCCACGCAGACUCAGUUUGGCAGCAAUGGGGGGCUCUCGCCCUCUCUUAGUAAUAGCUAUGACACCUCCCCUCCUCCAGCUCCGCCUCCACCCACCACUAUCCUGCCCUCACCUGUUUCACUGGUGGCACUGUCACAGAAUGGCCGUGACAGUCUUGCUGCCACACCCAACGGAAAGCUGUCACCUCCUCGGUACCCUGUAAACAAUGCAGCAGCAGCAAGAACCUUUGGGUUUGAGGCUAUCGAAGAGGACCUUGACGUUGACGAUAAAGUGGAAGAGAUGAUGAGGAGGGAUAGCAGCAUGGUGAAAGAGGAGAUUAAAGCUUUCUUGGGGAACCGCAGGAUCUCUCAGGCAGUGGUCGCACAAGUCACCGGCAUCAGCCAGAGCAGAAUCUCCCAUUGGCUACUGCAGCACGGCUCCGACCUGAGUGAGCAGAAGAAGAGGGCUUUUUACCGCUGGUAUACGUUGGAGAAAACCACUCCAGGUGCCACUCUUAACAUGCGGCCAGCGCCAUUGCCUCUGGAAGACAUGGAGUGGAGGCAAACUCCUCCUCCACUGACCACUGCCCCGGGCACUUUUCGACUUCGGCGGGGGAGCCGUUUCACUUGGAGGAAAGAGUGUCUGGCUGUGAUGGAGAGCUACUUCAAUGACAACCAGUACCCAGAUGAGGCCAAAAGGGAGGAAAUUGCCAACGCCUGCAAUGCAGUUAUUCAGAAACCAGGGAAAAAGCUGUCUGAUUUGGAGAGGGUCACCUCCCUCAAAGUUUACAACUGGUUUGCGAACCGCCGCAAAGAGAUUAAGAGACGAGCAAACAUUGAAGCCACAAUCCUAGAGAGUCACGGGAUAGAUGUGCAGAGUCCAGGGGGACACUCCAACAGCGACGACAUUGAUGGCAACGAUUUCACAGACCAGGCAUGUGAUCUGCCAUAUUUUGACAAGAGACCUCUUAGCAGACCAUUUGGCCUUUACCGCUUGGAGCCCACCUCCCCGACACAGGAUGAAAGCGCUGCUCACAGCGAGCACCAGGAUCCCAUCUCUUUGGCUGUGGAGAUGGCCGCUGUCAAUCACACUAUCUUGGCCCUGUCUAGAACCGGAGGGGUUCCUAGCGACAUCAAGACAGAAGUCCUAGAGGACGACUGA